AUGUCAGUCUCUGGCAAGAAGGAGUUUGAUGUGAAGCAGAUCCUGAGGCUCCGCUGGAGGUGGUUCAGCCACCCCUCGCAGGGCUCCGCCGGCUCCGGGGGCUGCCAUCAGCAGGAAGGAUUCGAGCACAGAGGCACCCCGGUGCAGAACAGGCUGAAGAGCCACUCUCGGGACAGAAAUGGGCUGAAGAAGAACAGCAGCCCUGUCCACCACAACAUCCUGGCCCCCGUGCCGGGGCCGACGCCUGUGCACCACCGAUCCAUCCACAGCUGGCACCAGCAGAACCUCAUCGAGCAGCUGCGAGCCAGCGAGGACAUCCCCAAAAGCAGCACAGAGGAAAACUCUGCUAAAGAAGAUUCAAGUAAAACCUCACAGGAGCUGCAGAUGAUCACAGAACAAAAUGCAGAUGAAUCUGCAGAGAGGCUGUCCACCACCAGCAGCUCCCUUGGGAUGAGCACCAAUGGCUCUGACGAGUAUUUCCAGUCCACGAACCACGCGGAGCAAACCUUCCGCAAAAUGGAGAAUUACCUGCAGCAGAAGCAGCUCUGUGAUGUGCUCCUGAUCGCCGGAGACCAAAAGAUUCCAGCCCACAGGCUGGUUCUCAGCGCAGUUUCUGAUUAUUUUGCUGCGAUGUUCACCAGCGACGUGCGGGAAGCGAAGCAGGAGGAGAUCAAGAUGGAGGGAGUGGAUCCCGAGGCGCUGAAGGCUCUGGUGCGCUACGCCUACACAGGUAUCCUGGAGUUAAAGGAAGACACCAUAGAGAGUUUGCUGGCUGCUGCAUGCCUUCUGCAGCUCUCCCAGGUCAUUGAGGUGUGCUGCAACUUCCUCAUGAAGCAGCUCCACCCUUCCAACUGCCUGGGGAUCCGCUCGUUCGGGGACGCCCAGGGCUGCUCCGAGCUCCUGAAGGUGGCCCACACGUACACCAUGGAGCACUUCAUAGAAGUAAUAAAAAACCAGGAAUUUCUUUUGCUCCCAGCUAAUGAAAUUGCCAAGCUCUUGUCUAGUGAUGACAUCAACGUGCCAGAUGAAGAGGCAAUUUUCCAGGCCCUGAUGAUGUGGGUGAGGCACGACCUGCAAAACCGGCAGCGGGACCUGGGGAUGCUCCUCUCCUACAUCAGACUGCCCCUGCUGCCACCCCAGCUACUGGCUGAUCUGGAGAACAGCCCAAUGUUUGCAGAUGACCUUGAGUGUCAGAAACUUCUCAUGGAGGCCAUGAAGUACCACCUGCUCCCAGAGAGACGCUCCAUGAUGCAGAGCCCUCGAACCAAGCCCAGAAAAUCCACGGUGGGAGCCCUUUAUGCUGUGGGAGGCAUGGAUGCCACUAAAGGCACCACCACAAUCGAGAAAUACGACCUGAGGACCAACAGCUGGAUCCAGAUCGGGACCAUGAACGGCCGGCGGCUGCAGUUUGGGGUUGCGGUGAUCGACAACAAGCUCUACAUCGUGGGGGGCAGGGAUGGGCUCAAAACCUCCAACAUCGUGGAGUGCUUCAACCCUGUCACCAAGGCUUGGACCGUGAUGCCCCCGAUGUCAACACACAGGCACGGCCUGGGAGUAGCAAUGCUGGAAGGACCAAUGUAUGCAGUUGGUGGCCACGAUGGGUGGAGUUACCUGAACACAGUGGAGCGCUGGGACCCGCAGGCACGGCAGUGGAAUUACGUGGCCAGCAUGUCCACGCCAAGGAGCACCGUCGGGGUCGCAGCACUCAACAGCAAGCUGUACGCAGUCGGUGGGCGAGACGGGAGCUCCUGCCUGAAAUCCAUGGAGUGCUUUGAUCCUCACACAAACAAGUGGAGUUUGUGUGCCUCCAUGUCCAAGAGGAGAGGUGGUGUCGGCGUGGCCACCUACAACGGGUUCCUGUACGCCGUGGGAGGCCACGAUGCUCCUGCUUCCAACCACUGCUCCCGCCUCUCCGACUGCGUAGAGAGGUAUGACCCCAAAACAGACGCCUGGACCACAGUGGCGCCUCUGAGCGUGCCCCGGGACGCGGUGGGGAUCUGUCCCCUGGGGGACAGGCUGUAUGCAGUGGGGGGCUACGAUGGGCACUCCUACCUGGACACCGUGGAGUCCUACGAUGCUCAGAACAACGAGUGGACGGAGGAAGUUCCUGUCAACAUUGGGAGGGCUGGAGCAUGUGUUGUUGUUGUGAAGUUGCCCUGAGGACUGUAAAUUAUCGUGAAACUGAACUGAGUGGAGUCUCAGAGGACAAGAAACAUUUCCAGGAGCAGCACAGACUGCACACCCCUCAGCAGCCCUGAACAGACAAUAUUUAUCCCUGAGCCAUCACACUAAUACAGCACAGAAGUGUCUUCCUGCAUCACAAAAACCAGAGAACUUUGCAGAAGUGAAUUUCUUUAUUAUGCCUAAUAAGCAAAAUCCAGUAAAAUGGUUUCAAUGUUUGAAUGGUUUAGGUUUGUUACAAAAGUGUAUCUGUUAUUUAUAAAACGCAGCAGUGAGAGAUGUCUAUAAGAUUUCAAAAACUUCUUCUUCAUUUCUAUGUUGUCAGGAAUGCUAAAGUUUAUAAAAAAAGCUUUUAUAUUUUAAGCAAAUGAAAAUAACUAUGAAACACCUCCAACAGGGAACUGCACAGAAAGAAUUAUUUGCUGUCAAAUAUUACUGUCAACAGAAUAUUCCCUGGAGAAGCAUCUUAAUUUCUAUAUUCAGAAAUUAAACUCAUAAAUUAACUUCAAAAUCAAAUCAGAGAAGCCAAUGAUUUAUUUGUUAUUUAUCAUCCAGCACUGUUAGAACUGUGACAGAAUAUC